GCCAGGUUUGUGUCUAUUGAGAGAAGAAAAUGUUCGUCUAAUAUUUGUUGUUUGACUUUGUUUUCAAGUUUGGAUUUUACCCAUGUGAAGUUUUGCUUCAUGUAAAUGAAGACAGAGUCAUGGGAGCUGCCAGCAGUUGUUUUGGGGGAUCUUCAUGCCGGCACACAUUUGCCCCGUCUGUCAGAAUGAAAAAGCCAGGCUCACAUGUAAGACAUCUACCCUGGCUGCAGAUACUGCUGCUCGUCCUCCUGGCAGGUCAGACUUCCUGUGAUCAGACUUCUGCUGCUCCUUCUUUGCCUCUUCCGCUUCCUACAGCAACUGCACAGACCUUAGUAUACUACUUUCUCGACGUCAGUGUGGAUGUUACUGGAAGGACGAAGGAGGAAUCUGAAAUUAAGGACUGGCUUGGCCAAGUGUUUGAAACCAAGCUAGAGAACUGUGUGUCUGUGUCUGAAGCAACUACCUCUCCACAAACUACAUUUGCAAGCACUUCAAAUGAGACGCCUCUCAUGACCACAGCAGCAACAACAUUCAAAAGCAACAACACAACUAGUACAGCUACGACAGAUCGAUCCAGCACAGCAGCUCCAAUGCAGAGCGACAGCUCGACAGCCUCCUUACCGGACACCAGCCUGAUCACUCAGAUGCCUGAUGAUAGAGGAAAGGACGUACCAUCGAAGGAAUCAAAUUCCAGUCAUUCAAACAAACAGCGGGUAUCUCGUCAAGUCAGUGACAGUGUGACACAAACCAGUGGGCUCAGUAAUGACAAAACAACUGGCCCGUUUCAAGGCACUGAUGUUUCAUGCGCCACAAAGACUGCAAUAAGAAACACAAGGUGUUCUGUGACGCUGCAGCUGAAGCAGAGAGUACCUCCAUGUUGUAUCCUCCGUACUCUCUGUGCAGCCAGUAAAACUUCCUCUGACAUCCACGUGGUGGGAAAAAGAGCAGAUAGACUAGGUCCGCUACGAAAUGAGUGUAAUAGCAAUUCACAAGAGGAAAACAGCUGCAUUUAUACGGGUCCAGCCAGUGCAUCAUGUAAAGACUCCGGGGCUGAAUAUGUGGAAGGUCAAGGCAACUGUGGUCCAGAUACGGAGAAAAACAACUGCACCUGCUCUGCUUACUGCAAUAGAACUGAUGCAUACUACACUUUUCAAAUGUCAAUACAAGAUCCCGAGAUGAGCUUUUCAUAUGUCUUGUCCCUGAUUUCUAAGCUAAACCAGGCACCAAAUUGCUCUCUAAAAAAUUUUUCAUGUCCACUGUCCAUCAUUUCAUCAGAAUACAAGGAUGCCAAUUUGUCCUGUGGAGGCACAGCAACAAAUCUUCGAAGCUGCAGAGUGAUUUUAGGCUUUGCCCGUGAGGUUCCCAUCUGUACUGUGUCAGAAGCUGUGUGGAAUCUGUUUCAGUUUGAUAAACGGAUCCGUUUUAAUGGACUGGUGACUCGAGCAGCGAUAUGUGGAAAUUCAGAAGUCAAUGACAGUCUACUGACGUCCCAGUUCACAUUGUUUAGCAUUAACCUUAAGCCUGCCAUGUUUUGUAUGACAAUAGAAGAGACAAACGUCCUCACCUGUCAGAAUGGAAAAAAUGUGGUUGUAGAUCUGGAAGAGCAGUGUAUUCAUGAGCCAUUUACGACACCCAGCCCAAAUGCGACAACCAUACAACCAAACACCAGCACCUCGUCUGUAAAUGUAACUUCAUCCCCGCCGAGCACAACAGCUGCUCCCCUCAAUGCCACCACCGCUGCUGCUAAUGUCACAGUGACGGCAACGCUCAACACAACCACCACCACGGCAAAUGUAUCUGUUCCUGUGACCCCGACAGCCACCGACACAGCUGAAAGCCAAGCCAACGCACUCCUUGAGCUGACCAGAGACGUGUCCCAACUGAACUCCAGCCAGGUGGAUCAGCUGGUGUUUCAGCUGGAGAGUCUGCUGUCAGGCCCGACAGUCAGCCUGGCUCUGGGAAACACCUCCAUCCACAUUGUCAGUAAUCUGCUGGGCGCGUCUCCUGAGACACUGGCCGACUCCUCAAACAGGAUUAUAGGGAUUGUUGAUAAAGUGGGGUUGAAGCUGGUCCUUGAUGAACAGCCUGAGACCCUCUUGUCCCCGGCUGUGGCUUUGUCUGUGAAACCAGCAGAUGGUAGUAACUUUCAGGAAACAUUUUUUUCCAUCUCAGACCCCACUAAUGUUCAGGUCCGUGGGGAUCCCAGGCUGAGGAGGAGUGUGAGAGCAGAUUCCUCCAUCCCUCAGGGCUCCAUUAGGCUGCCCCCCUCUCUCACAGAGGACCUAACCUCUGAGGAACAGCAGCUGGUCUCCCGAGUCCAGUUCAAUUUCUACCAGAAGAGCACAGUGUUCCAGGACAGAUCUUUGGGACAACGCAAACUUAAUAGUGGGAUCCUGGGUGCGAGUGUGGCCAACCAGUCAAUCACAGGACUGAAGGACGAUGUUGUAAUUCACUUGAGGAACACAGAGCCCAUUCCGGUUCCUUUUGUGGCUACAUGUGUUUUCUGGGACUUUACGUUUAAUAAUGGGUCAGGUGGCUGGAAUCCUAACGGCUGUUCUGUCCAAAACAGCACAGACAAUGAGACGGUUUGUGGCUGCAACCAUUUAACCAGUUUUGCUAUACUGCUGGACCUCUCCAGACAACCUCUAACCAAUCGUGUCCAGGCCACCAUCCUUACUUUUAUCACAUAUAUUGGCUGUGGAAUCUCUGCCAUUUUCCUGUCUGUCACCCUCCUCACUUACCUGGCCUUUGAGAAGUUGCGUAAGGACAUUCCAUCCAAAAUCCUGAUCCAGCUCUGCCUGGCUCUGUUGCUCCUGAACCUGGUCUUCCUGGUGGAUGCUUGGCUGGCACUCUACCCAGACACUGUGGGCCUCUGCAUCUCCACUGCCUGGUUCCUCCACUACUUCCUACUGGUUUCCUUCACCUGGAUGGGACUUGAGGCGGUUCACAUGUACCUGGCCCUCGUGAAAGUCUUUAACAGCUACAUAUCACGCUACAUGCUGAAGUUCUCACUGGCCGGCUGGGGCAUCCCGAUGAUUGUGGUCAUUGUAGUCAUUGCGAUUGACAAGGAUAAUUACGGUCUUAUCUCCUAUGGGAAGUUUACUGAGGGCACUAGUGAUGACUUCUGCUGGCUGAAAAACGACAUUGCCUUCUAUGUGGCUGUGGUGGCCUAUUUCUGCGUCAUUUUUCUCCUCAACCUCAUCAUGUUCAUUGUGGUGUUGGUCCAGCUGUGUCGGAUAAAGAGGCAGAACCCUCACAAUGUGCGGCACCGCACCACACUGCAGGAUGUGCGCAGUGUGGCGGGGAUAACCAUCCUCCUGGGCCUCACUUGGGGCUUUGCCUUUUUCGCAUGGGGGCCCGUUAACCUGCCAUUUAUGUACCUCUUUGCCAUCUUUAAUUCCUUGCAAGGUUUCUUUAUAUUUGUGUUCCACUGUCUAGUGAAGGAUAAUGUGAGGAGGCAAUGGAGGAUCUACCUGUGCUGCGGCAGAAUGAGACUAGCAGAGAACUCGGAAUGGAGUUGCACUGCAACACAGAAGACUGUGAAGAAGUCGUCAGUGACCAGACUAACAUCUCUUCAUUCCUCAAAGUCGUCCCAGUCCAACAACUCAUCUAGCUCCUCGACUUUUCUUGUCGGCGACUCUUCAGAGCAGAUUAAUGGCAUUAGUAGCCCAUUUGACGACAGAGCAAUCACAGCUGAUGAAGACCCCGGGAUGGAUGUGAUCCUCAACGAGAUCAACAGGCAAUACAGAAACCAACAAGCACUCUGAUCCAAAAAGGACAGAACAGACUGUUAAAUAGCUCUUAUUUAGAAAUACCUGUACAUAAUGUAAAUUAAUAGAAAGUAAUGUAUGUGUUAUAUGACUAAAUGGGCAAUGUAAAGCCAAAAUGCAUGGCAUUUGAUUUUUACACACUUUUCUACAUUAAUACAUUCACUUCACACGAACCUUUAUUACUUUUGUACAGUGAUGUUAUCGAUAUGAGGUUAGGGUCAUAUUACAAUGGUACGUUGCAUGCAUUGAUGUUGAUUCAUGGUCAACAAGUCAACAUCAGGACAAGCCACUAGACUGGUACCAGUCCAAUCUAACAUGUGUUGGAUUCAAUAAUGUUAGGCAACUUCACAGAAUAGUUAUUGUAGCCUUCAAGCAACACCAAAAGGAAAUUGUCCAAAAAACUCAGUAUAUUUUAUACUCCCAUAUCCUGCAUAUAAUCCUUACAUCUACAUCUCUAAUAGAUUUACAAGUUAAUAAAAUUAACUUAGCUGCACUGUUGAAGCACUGUUGCUUCAUGUUGGGAUAACCUCAAUUAGGCGGACAGAUACAGCUACAAAUACAAAGUGGAGCUCAAUAAACACCUCAAGUUAAAAAAUAUUUACUGCCAGGUUUCAAGUGGGAUCUAUAUGAUAAAAUUUAAAUGAAGAACUCAAGAGUAUGCCCUUUUUAUUUCUGCUCAGUGUUCAGAUAUUAACUAUAAAUGACAGCAGUUUCAUAUACAGGGAAUUACGCUCACAUGUGGAGUAACUUGCUAGAAAAGCAGACUAGACUUAGCUUGUCUGCAUGCUAAUGUUAAAUCCAAAUCUGUUGGCGGAAAAGUGAAGACUUUGACGAGUUUAAAAGUAAGGGGAUUGCAAAAGUCUUCGGGCUUCAUCCUGUGGGGAACACGAGUGUCUGUAAAGUGGCAAUCCAUCCAGUAGAGUAGAUUUUCACUGUGGGUGAAAGUAUCGGACCAAGACCUCUAUCCUUAGAAGGAUACAUAUGGCGUGGCUAGAAGACGAUUCACACGCAGGCACGUAGGAGUAGGGAUUAUCAUCAGGUAGCACUUUGUAUUAAAUGUGAUAUAGACACUGCACAUUUAUGCUAACAUACCAAAAGCAUUGCUGUAGUUUUGCCGGGGUAGGCACAGGACCUGGCUCACAUAGCUUAUUUGAGAAGUUUUUUGUCUGUGAACUUCAACUCAGAACAAUACUUUACUGUGGCUACAACUUUAAUUCAGCACUGCGGUGUUUUUUUUUUAGCUUGAUUUCAAAUAUAUUUUGUUCAGUCAGUAAGAUUUGGUUAUACUGUCUGUAAGUAUUAAGAAUCCAAGCAGCAAUGUAGUGCUGAUUGAAUGAACCCCCCCUGAUAAACACAUUAAGAACAUUAAAUCUUGGUUAAGGGUCUCACAGGAGUUUCACGUUGUUCUGGCUUAUUAGACCUCUGCGCAGGUUGGAGGUGGGUGAAGUUAUGCAGGCAACCACCUGAGGUCAGUGUUUCUGAUACAACAGAAUACAACAGGAGAGGCCAACCAAGCACAGUCUGUACACACUGAGAAGAGGCCUAAUCGGGCAAAAUAAGUGAAAAUAAACGUGUAGGUAUACCACGGUUGUACAGGGCCUUAGUAUUAGGUGAUAACGGCUGCCUGUACCCCUGUGUGAAUAUGACUGAGCGUUACUGGUCAGCUGGAACUCAAGCAGCUGAUGCAGUCUGAAUGAAACAGGUGAUGCCAUUCAACUACUGCAAGCACAACUCCAGUUCUCUGCCUGAACUAAUACUAUGCUCCACUUUUACUGCUUUUUUCCAGGGGAUCCUAACAACCUUUUAUUGUGAUGCUGUUCAAUUUUGGUAUUUUCAAUAAUUAUAACAGAAAGUGUGUUAAAACCUGACCAGACAACAAGGUGACGUAUCUGUUUCGUCUUCAGAUACACAGCAGCGCUGAAUACAACUGUCAUUUAGCUUCAGUGACAUUCUGUUCUCAUUUGCUAUAGUCAACUAUAGUCUACUACUACAGUUUGCAGCAAAAAUCCCAUUACACUGUCAUCCUGUAAGGAUCCACACCAGCUGACCACUUAAUACUGACAGUUGAGGAGGCAAUAGUCUAAUUUACAGCUGCAACUAAUAAUCAUUUCCACUACAGAUUAAUGUGCUGCCCUAUCUUCUUUCUAUUAUUUAGUUGUUUGGACCAUAAAAAGUUCUCAGAGCCAAGGUGACUUCUUUAAAACUGCAUGUUUUCUUGAACAAACUGUCCAAAACCAAAAAAAUAAAUAGUUUACUAUCUUACAAGACAAGGAAUAGCUGGAAAUCUUCACAUUUCAGAAACUGGAACCUGUGAAACAUUGGUAUUUCUGCUUGAAAACCAAUUAAUUUUCUGUUAUCAACUAAUCAUCUUAGUCUAAUGACAUAUUUGCAGAACACGCUGAACACGCUGGUAAUAAUAUAUGUGAUGCAUAACAAA